GUAACCUCCUUGAUUGUCUGGAAUAAAUCAUGUUGUUUCAGUCCACCGUAUUUUUCCUUCUAACAUGUGCAUUUGCUGCACCUCACCCCCGCGCAAAUAUGAACAACGGGACUGCCGAGUACAACAAUCUCACUGUGGCGAUUGUGAGAGCUGAGCCGGCUUACUGGCCCAUGCCAUUGAUGAACAAAAAUUGGACCGGUCAUGCUUUCAAUUUGAAUGCGACGGUCGCAAAGGCCGUUGCAUUAAUCGGCGAAGCUGCUGAAAACGGUGCCAAUCUUGUGGUCUUCCCAGAGCUUUGGUUUCCAGGAUACCCAAAGGGCAUGGCCGACAAUGUCACGAUGCGUCCUUGGCUAGAGAGCUACAUUGACGAGUCUCUCGUGAUCAAAUCCCCGCAAUGGAGUGCCCUUGUUCGUGCCGCGAUUGAAAACAAAAUCUAUGUUGUACCAGGAUUUUCGCAUAAAGAGAACGAUGCACUCUACAUGGCUCAGGCUUUGAUUUCUCCAGACGGUACCUAUCUUGUUCGGCAUAAAUUGCGGCCAUCGUCAGGAGAAAGAGGUGUGUGGUCAGAUGGUGCGGCAACGGAUCUCAAGGUCAUUGCUACGCCUUAUGGAAGAUGGGGCAUUCUAGAAUGCUGGGAGCAUUUCCAUCCGGCUAUGACAUUCAAUACCCAAUCGCAAACUGAGACCUUGCACAUUGCCUCCUGGCCAUAUACCCCCGACGAAGCGGAAGAGUCAGCUGCUUACUGGGAAAGCCUGGAGGUCAAUUUGGCAGCUGCGCGCGUGUAUGCCGUCAAUGCCCAAGCGCCCUUAGUCUUUGCUUCGGUUGGAAACGCUCGCUUUUUAGAUAAUGAAGGCCUUGACUUGAACGUUGUUCAAGCAUCGGUACCAUUCACGCAACAGCCUCUUUUGUACCAGUCUUUCAAUACAACUGGUCUGGCGUCGACUGAACCAUACACAGUCGAUGGCGAGCAGUCGUGGGGGGUAUUGCGAGAAAUGCUUUCUGGAUUCCCGUCUUAUAUCCCCAAACUCGUUGGAUCUUUCACGGACAGAAAGAUAUUUUCGGUCUCCAGGCUAUUGACUUUAGCUAAUAGUGCAAGGCCGUAGUUGAUUGCACACAACAUAGUCGCAGUAGGUGUGUGGUGAUGGCAACUGAUUUCAGCUGGCGGCCCAAACUUAAAAGGCACUGAAAGCAUGUAGUAAUGAAAUGUAGCUCUCUACAAUGCAAUACUACUAGAUGAGAAA